UCCUCCGUCAGUGCGCAACCGACAAGCUGUAGUGAGAUAUUUUGUGUUGUGUGGUUUGAAAGAAACAUCGUGGGUUGAAAAAUUAACAUAAAUUUCUUAUUUGGAUAAAACUGUGGCAAUGUAAACAUUCUACAGUCUUGGAAACACAAAAAAAAUGGGGGCAGAAAGGCACUAAGCGGCCGUCGAAAUGGGCAGCAGAGAGUGCUGCGGCUUGAACGUUGUCAAAAACGUGUUAAACUUCUUCAAUAUAAUCUUCCUGCUUGCAGGUUUAGGGGUCCUUGGAGUGGCAGUAUGGACGAUGAUCGACCGCUACCAAUACGUGACACUUCUGGCAUCCCUAACUUACCCCAUCAUCGUAUAUUUCUUACUCUCAGCAGGAGCUCUAGUCAUUUUUGUCGCUUUCAUGGGCUGCUAUGCCGUCCUUAAAAGCAACCGCCUCUUACUAGUUUUUUACAUUUUUCUACUUGUACUUAUUUUUCUAAUCGAGGCCAUGGUUGGCGUCGUCGCUUACAUUUACGAGGAAAACGUACAAAGCGAAUUAGAGAUGAGUUUAAAUAAUACGCUCCUCACGACUUACAAAAUAUUAGAGGACAAAUCGCAAGCUGUGGAUUUUUUGCAGGAAAAUUUUCGCUGUUGCGGCGCUGUAAGUUUUACAGAUUGGAAAUACAGUGCGUGGUUGCAAAACGAUCACGAAACCGAAAAUGUUGUUCCUGAUUCCUGCUGUAAAACUGUCUCUGUGGGGUGCGGCAGCAGUGACCAUCCCUCCAAUAUUAAUUAUGCCGGGUGUCUCGACUUGAUGGCGCUUCACAUGGAAAACCAUCUAUUUAUCCUAAGUGUAGUGGGACUUGGAAUCUGUGUGGUGCAAAUUUUUGGAAUUAUUUUCGGAUGCAAGUUGUACUUCAAACUGAAGCACGAGGAUGCAGUGGAGGACCCGACUGACAGAACGACGUUUCUUUAGACUUUGUGAUAAUUAAUUAGUUUUGUAAAUUUGUACUCAGGUGUCUAUUUAUUUCUGUCUGUUGUAGUUUACGUGAAAGUUUACAAAUGUUUCACAAAGUGCGUGUGUUAUUUCCAGGUGUGCGAUGUUGAAUCAGUUAAAACCAAGCGCUCGGAAUAUAAACAAUUUUAAUGGACUUCCGCUGAACCCUCUUCCUUGUUUUUCGUUGUUAGCUAAACAAAUUCUUAACGCAAGUUGUUGUAAUUCUUUAUUAACUAGUCAAUAAAUAGUACAGUCUUUA